UCUGUUCUUUUUCCUUCUGAAUUUACUUAAACAAAACAGUGUAAAUUGAAUUGCUUGAAACUAUUAUCAUACAAAAAAGAAAUGCACAUACGGUGCGUACUGGAUCAAGAACACUCAAAACCCAGGGGCUAUUCAGAUUGUAGCCAAAAUAAACCUUACCAAAUUUUGGCAAGUUGACAAUAUUCCUAAAAUUUUAGUAGAAUUUCUUAUAUAUUUACCAAAGUUUGGCAACAAACUAAAUAUAGACACUUUUUUGGUAAUUUUAUCUAAAAAAAAUAUAGUAUGAUUGAAAAUGGUAUCAAUCUAAACAGCCCCCAAUCGGAUGGCCUAGUGAGCGUAGCUAGUCCAUCUGGAUUCAAAUCUAGUUUUACAGUUUUAUCCGGCCCAUCUACGUGUGUGGGCCGUGAUUGAGGCCCAUCAAAACGAGUCCGAGACGAGGAGUGGUCAGCACCGGGGCCCACCUAUCAGAAGCCCAGCGCGGGAGGAGAGGAAGAGGAGGGCGCCAAAGUCCACAGCGACUCCCCUUUCCUUCCGAUCCGUCCCGAACUCGAAGCGAAACCCUAGCGAGUUUGCGCCGCGGUUCGUUUUGGUUGUUCGUUCGAGACCGAUUCGGCAAGCUCGUCCGGUUUCCAUCGUCGUCUGGGAUCGGGCUCGCUAAGACUUUUCUUGAUUUAGUAAGCUGAUCCCCCUCAGUUCGUUGUGAAUUGUGACGGAUUCGGGAAAAAUUCAGGCACUCUUGAUCAGGGUUUGGGGUUUAGCAGUCUCGGUUAUUCCAAAUAUCAUAAGAAUCAUGAGUACUGCAAGUACUGCACGCUCUAGGAAGCGAGCCCAUGAUGGAUCCAGACAAAAAGUUGAUGUUAUAAACUUGGAAACAACUGCUCCAGUGGUGAACACUGGGAGCCAGCAUGAGGCUCUGAUCCUUAGGGGUACACGGACCUCACCCAUCGAUGUUGAAGCUCUAGAUGAUAAAAGGAGGAGCAGAAAAAUUAUGAGGCGCUCUGUGGCUGUAGUGGAUCCGGAGAAGGAUACUGGUCCGGGAGGUUAUGGCGUUGCUGGAGCUAUAUUUUCCCGGGGCAGAAAUUUUCAGGGUGCUGUACAUGUUAUAUGCCUUUCUCCAGAUAGGGAAGAAGGGACCAGCAAGCCGAAAAAUGUGGCCCAAACCAGUACGACGCAUGCCAAGGUUGCUCCAAAGGAACCAACCUUUACCUGUCCUGUGUGUCUGAACAAACUGGACAAGCCAUCCACGACAAAUUGCGGUCAUAUCUUCUGCGAGAAAUGCAUCCAGGCAUGGCUCAAGGCUCAGAAGAAAUGCCCUACUUGUAGGAAGAGUCUAGGGAUCAAGAGCUUCCAUCGUGUUUACCUCCCUACUCCUGCUGAUUAUGAUUAAUUAGUUUCUGCUGGCCUGAACCUCACUAGUCCACUCCUGCACAUUCAUCUUGUGUGCAAAAGAACUUGAGCAGUAGUUAGAGUUAGACAUUUAGUCUUUGUUUGUUAGCCCUGUAGGCUAACAAUGUGGUAAGAAGUGCACAACACGAUUCUUAGCUCAUUGACUACAUCUGAUCUGAUUUGUAUGUAAUGGCGUGCAUUUUUCUCCUGUGGGUUCUGAAAAAGGGAAAAUAUCUAGUUUUCCAUGACGGCAUGACCCAUGAGGUUCACUAUAACAAUGGCCUUCCUUUACAAGUGUUACAAACCGCUGUUCUGACUCGAUCGUGAAUUGAUUCAUGAUUUAACUA